GGAUUACAAGAACGGAGAGAUGGUGGCAGGGAGAUCCCUUUGGCAUAGCCCUCUGCUGGAAUAGUGGGUUCAAGUUCUAUUCCGGCCACCUUCAGGCAUGAAACUCCCGGUUUACGCUCCAGCGUGGCGCUGAGGGAGUGCUGCACCGUCUUCCGGAUCAGAUGCGACCGAGGACUGGUCUGCUCUCUCAGAUCCCGUGGCACCAUUCGAAGAAGAGCAGGAGGUGUCUCUUCGACAAAUUCCUCAAUCAACAUGGUUAAAGUAGCUUUAUUGUGGACAAAUCAUUGUCACCGAAAGGAGUGCAAAGCGCUUGGGGCGGAUCAGUGGAGCGGUAAAGACCGGCCGCAAGUACUGAGUAAACAAUGCAAAAUAAUGCAAGAUACUAGCAAGUGGUGAUUAGCGGAAAAAAACGCGCUGAGGCUGCUAAUUGGGCCCGACAGUUUCGAACCUUUGCAGGCGCUGGCUACUUUGUAGGGAGCCCUGAAGAAGGGUCUCGGCCCGAAACGUGGACCUUUUACUCUUUUCCACAGAUGCUACCCGACCUGAGUUCCUCCAACGUUUUGUGUGCGUUGCCGAGGAGAAUGGGGCACUUGUUACGCAGCGGCCCCAGAGCCGAUCAGCAGGAAGGCAGACCCCGGCUCCUCGCUGCCAUUUCGCUACAGCACCGGCCCCUCUGACGUCAGCGGCCGUCACGUCACGCCGCGGGGAAUCCCGAGGAGCGCCCAGCCGGUGCCCUGACCCUGACAGCCGGGUGAGCGCAUCGCCAGUCGCUCGCAGACCGCCCCACCUGGUGAGAUACGCCGAACAGCCGCCGCCGGUAACCUCCAGCUGUCGGAUCUCCCUGCCGCGCAAUGACUCGAGCAGGGGCGCUAUUCCUCCUCACGUUCGGCUGCAGCUGUCUCGCUGGACUCAGGGCGCUGAAAGUCAACCAGAGACCCAUCAUCGGAAUAUUGGCACAGGAAUCCCAUGAUCCAGUCCUUCAUCCGUAUGGGAAGACUUACAUUGCUGCACCUUAUGUGAAGUACCUGGAGUCAGCUGGCUGCAGAGUGAUGCCAAUCAGGAUGAAUUUGACACAUGAAGAGUAUGAAAGGAUAUUCUAUUCAAUCAAUGGCGUUCUCUUUCCUGGUGGAGAAGCUAACUUGAAGACAUCCAAUUUUGUUAAAGUUGCAAAAAUAUUCUAUGACCUUGCAAUGAAGGCCUUUGAUAGCGGUGAUUAUUUUCCUAUAUGGGGAACCUGUUUGGGACUACAGGCCCUGGCCGUGUUGACAGCUGGAAAGAACUUACUAAUACACACUGACAGUGAGAACAUUGCUCUCCCACUUAAUCUGACCAAAGCUGCAGCAUCCAGCAAAAUGUUUCUGAGCUUCCCACCCGAUGUUUACAGAGCGUUGUCCACUGAGCCUCUGGCUGCAAACUUCCAUCACUUUUCUCUUUCCGUGCAGGCCUUUCAGGAAAAUGAGAAGUUAAAUACAUUCUUUUCGAUCCUGACCACGAAUACCGAUAGGAAGGGCAUUCAAUUUGUGUCAACGAUGGAGGGGGUCCAUUAUCCUUUCUAUGGGGUCCAGUGGCAUCCAGAAGUAAAUCGGUUCCAGUGGCAGCCGGAUAUGGCUUUCCCGCACUCUCCAUAUGCGGUUCAAGUCUCCUUUCUCCUCGCUGAUUUUUUAGUGAAUGAAGCCCGGAAGAACUUGCAUAGUUUCCCAAGCCCAGAAGAAGAGAGCGCAUCUCUGAUCUAUAACUACAAUCCACGAUAUGUACCUGCAUCCAGCUAUAUUCAAGUUUAUUUCUUCUAAGCAAAUACAAAGACGGUAUCAGUUACUGCGAUAACCUUUCCUUUAGUAAAAUCCGCAUUAUAGUCACCUGACUGUCGAGCUCAUCUGCUUGGAAUGAAUGUGAACAUCAAUUAUGGAUUCAGACCCUGAACAUGCGUAAAUUUAUGUGCACUAUUAAUACAAUAUACAAAAAUUGAAGUUUGCCAUUCCUAAAACCCCCUCUUGUAAUUGCUCCUCUAUUUUGUUCUGUCUACAUUAUUUGUAUGUUGAUGUAAUUACUUCAAUAAAUAUUUAUUCCACAGG